CUAAUUUUAAAAUUAUUUGUAAAAAUGACAUGAACUUUAAAACAUAUGAAAAGUUAGCAUAAAUUUUAUAGUCAUUUGUAUAACUUGUAAAAAUAAAUUAAACUUUAAAAAGCACAUAAUAAUAAUAAAAGCGCCACAUAAUUAUAGGCUUGUAAAACUCAAAAUAAAAUUAAGAAGAGGGUCGAUGGUAGCUUUUACCUAUUCUCAAAGAUGGAGGGUAGGCCUUCACUCCCUCAACUUGUAGCCACAUUCUCUCCCCCAUUCAAAGGCUCCAAAUCAAUCUGGUAAGUAUCUAAAUACCUUUGCAUAGUGUAAUAAUUAUGUGCAAGAUCUGUACAAAUUUAAUUAACCUCAUGAACUGAAUGGCACAUAUUGCAUGAAUACAAGGGAUACCAGUUAGUUGUCAUUGCCUACAAGAACAAGUCUUACCCUCCACACUCACAAUAAAUUUAUCAACCUCUAUGUAGAUCUCAGAUUUGCCUCCUAAAGGCAGGAUAUGGGAGACAAUGUUUGCUAUCGCAUCUUAAUUUCUCCAAUUUCUUUAUAAUAUUAUGACAAAGUCUAUCACUAACCUUAGAGAUUCCACUUACCUAACCAUAAGCGAACUCCUAAUUUCUCACACAUGUGAAUUAAUGUUUCACUCUAGCAUUUAAGAUAUAACCAUUAAAGGUCUCACUUAUGUCAUUAUCAAUCAUGUCACUACAUAUGAUAGAAAAGCUUUACAAAAACUUACUCACGUCCCUGUUAAUGAAGUCUUGAAAAGCCGAUAUGCUCUCUGCUUUCAUCUCUAGAAUGGCCAACUUAUAUUCUUCUAGAUAUGUGCAUCUCGCUACCUUCAAGAAUAAGUUUUUGAGAGUUGACCAUUUGUGAUCUUUCUUCCAAUUCAUGUACACGUGAAUUUUGUGCUCAGCACAUGGCGCCAAAGUUGCUUGCGAGAAAAUGAGACUCUUUGAAAUAUAUCAACCGUAUACUUGUCGAGAGUGAUCAUCGUUAGAGACAUCAACCAUUACCACUUCAGGGACGAGUCUUGUUCCUGCGGGGAUUAUUGGUAGUGUUGCUUGCUAUGGCUUGUGACGCGCUCGCGUGCUGCUGGAAGAAGCAUGUUAGGGUUCUCAAUUUUUUGGAUGAUUCAGGUGGAAUAAAAGAUGAGGCACCUUAUAGGUGGAAAAGGUCGUCUUUGAUUUAUGAAACUCAUGCUAUUAAUCUCUAUGUACGGACAUCAAUAUUUGAAGAGAUACGAACCACAUUGAAGGAUGUUGGUGGCAAAUCUACUAUACAAACAUUCGAAGGUGGAACAAAUGGGCGUUUUAGUGAUCACGAGAGAUACGCUAGCGCCAACAAUGCUCUGCAUCACUUAUUAUCUCGACAGAUUGAGGGAGGGGAUAUACCUCCUCAUCAAGCAUGGUUUGUUGUCGGUAGUCGUAUCAUUCGUUUUAUAGCAUCAGAUUACACACUAAUUACCGGACUUCACUUUGGGUUUUGUGAGUCCGAUCCCGACGCUGAGCACCAGAUUCCGGCCACUAGUAUCUUCUACAGAUAUUUUGGUGGUCAUCCCACAAAAGUUGCAACUCUUAAGGUGAAAUUCAAAGCAAAACAACUUGGGAAGGAUCCAGAAGAUUAUAUUAAAGCGGGGAACUUGUUUAUGUAUUACUUAUUUCUCCUUUGUCGAGACGAUGUGUUUAUUAAGACAUGGGCAUGGACUUUGAUGGAGGACUUGGACGAGUGGAAUUGGUUUCCAUGGGGGUCUUAUACCUACCAGGUGUUACUUCAUUAUUUGAGCUUGGCCGGAACCCGGGGUGACGUGUUGGAGAAACCAGCGUACCACUUCUUCGGCCCAGUCUGGGCUUUACAGAUUUGGUCAUACGAGGCUAUUCCCACAUUGGGUUCUAUUUGUGGCACACGAAACCCAGUCCCUAAAUUUCCUCGUGCUUUGAUGUGGACAACCAGAAAAGCUCCUGGCGAUGUCACAUAUUUUUUCGACAAAGAGCUUAUUGUGCACGAGUCGCUUCAGCCAUCCCCUGAAGAGCGAGGGGAGGUGUACUACAUAAGCCUAGACAAUGGAGAUAUGCUCCAUGUUAGAUUCGUGCCUCCUCUACGUCUUGCAUCGAAGAAGAAGACAACUCAUGUUCCAAAGCGGCGUAGAAUGAGAUCUCCAACACUUGAGAGGGAUAGUAGGCAGGUUUCGCCGGCUGUACAGAGGGGAGGACCCUGUAGUUCACCUUUGAGAGAGGAACAUCAUAGUUCUCCCGUUGUUGAGAUGAGGGAACGCCAUAGUUCUCCGAGAGUUGAGAUGAGGGACUCGUCGGUUAUUGAUAGUACACUUACUUGUUGUCACCAUGGAGUUCCAUGCUGAGACUCGGGCAAGGAUUGCCAUGACUACAUCGACCAGAGAUUGGCAAGGAUGUUGCACGAUGAGUCUGAUGAUGGAUUUAUUGCUCGAGUAGCUCGUAGAGUGCUCAGUGGACUGAAGGAGAUGCUCGAUUGUACAGGUGACAAAUCUAUUCGUCUUAGUCCUAGGAGAUCAGUGGGGCAUGUAUCUCCUGUUCGCUCCACUUCCCAUGUACAUCAUUCGCAUCACUCCACUUAUCGUAUAGAGCAGCCACUGCCACAUUGAUCCACUUCUCCUGUAGAGCACCCACAUGGCUCUCCAUCUCCUAUAGAGCAUUUUCCCGUAGAGCACCCACAUGGCUCUCCAUCUCCUAUAGAGCAGCUUCAUCAGUCCCUAUCUCAUGUACUGACUACUCCAGUGCAGCCGGUGCUUGAGAAUCUAUUUCAGGGUGAUGAGCAUGCUGACGAAAAGGAGGAGGAAGUUGGAGAUACUUCAGAUGAGCAUGUAGAUGAUGUUGGUUUAGGUCAACGUGUGAGUAGACCCUCUACUGCAUUGAGGAGCCCAUUCACCCUCAUUACUCCAAAUGAUAUGAAAAGAAUCAAAGAUGCCUGUAGAAAAUUCAGAGCUUCGGGUCCUGAUUCUUCUGUGACAAUCAAAGACCUUGGUCACAUCCUUCCACAAGCAUUUUUCGACGAUAUAGAGAGCUUCAGUAAGGAGUUUGAUUCAGAGGUGAUUGAUCUCUACAUAUUAUUUAUGAGACACAAGAUCCAAUCUCGUAGAGGUUUGAAAAGUGGUGUGAGUUCGACUAAGACGAUCUUAUUGACUACUUAUUUCUUUCAAUCUUUAGAGGUUGAGUCCAAGAAAUUGAACUCUGAUGAUUAUCUUGAUUGGGAAGUGCCGGAAAGCCUUAAAGAUGUUGUACUUGGUACAGAUCCCAAAUCAUCGACUCCAUGGACGAAUGCCACUCAUGUAAGUCUAAUCAUCGAGUACUCGACCGAGUAGUGAAGAACAAUCGUGAUUUUUUUAUCAAUUAUUGUGAUUUCCACCCACAUUUCUUGUUUGCAACGUCAAAUAGAGUGUAUUUUGAUAUUAUAUAACACGGGGUGUGACUAUCGUUGAACACGUGAGACAUAUCCUAAGUUUAAAAACAAAAGUCCACACUAUGUCUUAUGAAGUAGAUAUUGUACACAUCAAUCAUUUACUCUAGUG